AUCACGGUUCUGAUCGGACUUUCCACUCUCUAUCUCUAUCAAAUUUCGUUCCCCAAUUUCGAUUUGGAUCGAAGACGACGAAGAAGAAGAAAGAUGUCGGACUAUUUGCCUCAGGAAUCCAGAUCCCUAACCAAGAAGAUGAAUGCCUAUUUGCCUCAGGAAUCCAGAUCCCUAACCAAGAAGAUGAAUGCCUAUUUGCCUCCUGAAGUCAUCACGCUCAUCCUCCUGAGCCUCCCGGUGGAAUCGGCGGUGAAAUGCACUGCCGUCUGCAAAUCCUGGUACGCUCUCAUCAAAGAUCCCUCUUUCAUUUCCACUCAUCUGCAACGGGCUGCGUCUCUCCAGGACGGCCUUCUCCUCCUCAAAUUCAUUGAGGACAGUGAGGCUGAGAGAUAUGUUUAUCAUUUGUAUCGCGACAAUGAUGCCUUUGAAGAGUAUAAGCAGCUCUUCUUACCCUUCAAGCUAUCAAGGGAACCUUCCAUUGUUGGUUCAUGUAAUGGCCUGAUUUGCCUGGCACGUGUUGAGGAAGAUGCUUGGAAUAUAGUUUUGUGGAAUCCUUCCAUUCACAAACAUUUCUUUUUGCCCGAGCCUGAUUUGCCCGCGGCCUGCGAGGUCUAUUUUUUUCAUACAAUAGGUUUCGGGUUUGAUUCUGUAUCAAAUGACUACAAAGUGCUUCUAAUUCUGUCUGAUGGUGAAACCGAAGAUUUCAAUGAUGUCUGGUUAUUUUCCUUGAAUCGGCGUUCUUGGAAGAGGCUUACUGAAGUAUCUCCCAUUAAUGGUGCUUCUUCCAUUUAUAUUUAUCAUGAAAAUGGGAAUAAGGUUUUUGUGAAUGGUGUUUUGCAUUAUGGCAUGUUUUCACGUAUGAUUUUUGCUUUUGAUAUAAGCACUGAAAAAUUCUUUGUGAUCAAUGUUCCUGAAACUUUAGCUCAGUUUGAAAAUCGAAUGCGCGUGAUUAAAUAUGAAGAAUCCAUUGCACUGGUUGCUUGGGGAAACUCACCUGGCCACAAAGAGUUGUGGGUCAUGAAGGAGUACGGUGUAGAUAGUUCAUGGACGAAGGUGUUACAUUUAGUUGACGAAAAUGAAGAGUUAAAUCUUGGGAAAGUGGUUCAAGUAUUUGAUGUUAGGAAGGAAGGGAAACUUUUUUUUAGUGUGAGUAGGGAAUCUAGGGAUCAUGAGCACAAUUGUGAGCUAGCUGUGCUGGAUUUGAACUGCCACCAACGAGAACAUCAGAUGCAGCAGCUUAAGCGUCUUGGUGGAACGAACUGCUAUCAUUAUUUAUUUUUUGGUAGCUACGUGGAGAGCCUGGUGUUACUUGACAAAGGGGAAGAACAUGCUGUGGUGGGGGCAGUCUGAGUGAAUGAAAGUGAAUUAAGAUUAACUAGUAUACGAGUCACAAUUGAGGUUGGCUUAGAGUUUUUGUAGUCUUGACUACUUGAUUUUACAAGGAACAAUAUGUCUUGUGA